AAAAUCGAGUUAAGUGAUCUCUUGUCAUCUCUUUGGUCUCCUGUGAAGCGAACUACCGUAGCUAAGCGGCACUAGUCUCUUCUUCUAUUACGAUGCCAAAAGUCUACUUCUUGGCCAUGGAUAGUUGUGCUCUAGUGAUUCCUCAGUCUCUGCCUCGCGUCAAACUUUCCCCUCCCAAAUCUUCUUCUUUUGGUUUCUCCAUAGCGAUCAGACGGAUUCAGAAGCAGCAACAGUGUUUCCGAGGAGCUAGUAUAUAUGCCGCCGUACAAAGAAACUACGAAGAAACGAUCCCCUCAGUGGAAGACGAGGAUGAUGAGGAGUCGUCAUCAUACGGAGAAGUGAACAAGAUCAUUGGAAGCCGAAGGGCGGCGGAAGUAGGAGCCAUGGAGUACCUAAUCGAGUGGAAGGACGGGCAUUCUCCCUCGUGGGUUCCAUCCAGCUACAUCGCAGCUGACGUGGUGUCGGAGUACGAGACCCCCUGGUGGACCGCCGCUAGGAAAGCCGACGAGCAGGCCCUGUCACAGCUUCUCGAGGACCAGGACCGCGACGUCAACGCCGUGGACGAAAACGGCAGGACGGCUCUGCUUUUCGUGGCAGGUCUGGGUUCGGACAAGUGCGUUAGGCUUCUGGCGGAGGCUGGAGCCGAUCUUGACCACCGAGACACCAGGGGCGGCUUGACGGCGCUGCACAUGGCGGCUGGCUACGUGAAGCCGGACGUGGUGGCUGCGUUGGUGGAGCUCGGCGCUGAUUUCGAAUUGGAAGACGAGAGAGGUUUAACGGCGCUGGAACUAGCCAGGGAGAUUCUGAAGACGACGCCUAAGGGGAACCCGAUGCAGUUCGGGAGGAGACUGGGGCUGGAGAGAGUGAUCAGUGUUUUGGAAGGACAAGUGUUCGAGUACGCCGAGGUGGAUGAGGUUGUAGAGAAACGAGGGAAAGGCAAAGACGUUGAGUAUCUUGUCCGGUGGAAGGACGGUGGAGAUUGCGAGUGGGUCAAAGGUGUACACGUGGCGGAGGAUGUCGCCAAGGACUACGAGGAUGGGCUGGAGUACGCUGUAGCGGAGAGUGUCAUUGGUAAGAGGAUGGGAGACGAUGGCAAGACCAUCGAGUAUCUUGUCAAAUGGACUGAUAUGGCUGAUGCCACCUGGGAGCCUCAAGACAACGUCGACUCCACACUUGUUCAACUCUACCUACAACAACAAGAGGAUCCCCAGCAGCUGCCUACUGCUAUUAACGCCGCUCCGACCAAUGAUUGACCCUGCCUGCCCUUCUUCUUUAUAUAAUGAUGAAUUCAUAACAUUUCACAAAGAAGUGAUCAAUUUCUUUAAAGCUGUGAUAGAUUUUUGGGGACACUUGUGACAUUUCCUUAGAUAUUAUAUGCAAGGGCGGAUUCUUUGAAUUCUGCUUGUCAUUGGUGAUGAUUCUACC